UUGCAGCCGGAAACGUGAGUAGAUUUGCCAACUGUUGUGGGGAUGCUGAGGAGAGAGCAUCCUUCACUGUAGGUUUUCACACACACAGGCCGUGUGUUUUAUACGCUGUGAUGUUACAACGCCGAGCAGUGUUACAUUUUACUUGACUGCCGUGAGUUGCUCUUACACGGAAAACUACGCUUUCAAGCUAAGCUAGGAGCUGACACUCCAAGAUUAGCGAUGGUGGAUUUGUCCGAAGGUGGUGCAGUGUCAGUCGGACACAACAGAGACAGACAGGGAUCAGGUUCGGGUAAUAAUGAUAGGAUAACGUCGAAGAAGUCGCGAACGAGAAGAGGCAAAAGAGGAAAGAGAAGGAGGAACAAAAAGAACAACAGGAACAAAACGCCACCGCCGUAUUUACCACCGGAGGCUGAAGAAGGGAACAUUGAAUAUAAGUUGAAGCUGGUCAACCCCACACAGUACCGCUUUGAGCAUCUGGCCACACAGCUGAAGUGGCGACUGCAGGAGGGCCGUGGCGAAGCUGUCUACCAGAUAGGAGUAGAAGACAAUGGUCUGCUAGUCGGCCUGACUGAGGCUGACAUGAAGGCCUCACUCAACACUUUAAAGAAGAUGGCAGAGAAAGUCGGGGCUGACAUCACUCUCCUCCGAGAGAGGGAGGUUGACUACGACUCAGACAGAAACACGCGCAAAAUUGCAGAAGUCCUUGUUCGAAAAGUUCCUGAUGAUCAGCAGUUCCUGGAUCUGCGGGUGGCAGUGCUAGGCAAUGUGGACUCUGGGAAGUCAACCUUGCUGGGUGUCCUGACACAAGGCGAGUUGGACAAUGGACGAGGCCGUGCACGGCUCAACCUUUUCAGACAUUUGCAUGAGAUCCAGACCGGACGCACCUCCAGUAUCAGCUUUGAGAUCUUGGGCUUCAACAGCAAAGGAGAGGUUGUGAACUACAGUGAGUCCAGGACAGCUGAGGAGAUCUGCGAAAGUUCUUCCAAGAUGAUCACCUUCAUCGACCUUGCAGGACACCACAAGUAUUUAAAAACCACCAUCUUCGGCCUCACAAGUUAUUGCCCUGACUUUGCCAUGCUGGUGGUGAGCGCUAACACUGGUAUUGCUGGUACAACUAGGGAACACCUGGGCUUGGCCAUGGCGCUGAAAGUUCCUAUCUUCAUUGUAGUCAGUAAAGUGGACCUGUGUUCCCGAGGCACUGUGGAGCGAACAGUCAGACAACUAGAGCGAGUUCUGAAGCAGCCGGGCUGCAACAAGGUGCCCAUGGUGGUGUUGAACCCUGACGAUGCUGUGAGUGCAGCACAGCAGUUCACCCAGUCCACAUGCAUUACACCCAUCUUCACCCUUUCCAGUGUGUCUGGUGAGAAUCUGGACCUCCUGAAGGUUUUUUUGAACAUCCUUCCUCCACUGAGCAACAGCAAGGAGCAGGAAGAGCUGAUGCAGCAGCUCACUGAGUUUCAGGUUGAUGAGAUCUACUCAGUUCCUGACGUUGGGACUGUGGUUGGAGGAACUCUGUACAGUGGAAUGUGUAGGGAGGGUGAGAGGCUGGUGGUGGGUCCAACUGAUGAGGGCCGUUUUCUGCGUCUGAAGGUGGGCAGUAUCCAGAGGAACCGCUCUGCCUGCAGAGUGCUGAGGGCUGGACAGGCUGCAACGCUGGCUUUGGGAAACUUUGACCGUUCACUAUUGCGCAAGGGCAUGGUGAUGGUCAGUCCCAAGAUGAACCCAACCAUCUGCUGUCAGUUUGAAGCUGCCAUUGUCCUGCUCUUCCAUGCCAAGACUUUCCGUCGGGGGUCACAGGUCACCAUACACGUUGGUAAUGUCAGGCAGACUGCCACUGUGGAGUGCCUUCAUGGAAAGGAUGAGCUGCGUACUGGCGAGAGAGCUGUUGUUCGUUUCCGCUUUAUCAAACACCCCGAGUACUUGCGCCUGGGCGCUAAGCUUCUCUUCAGGGAGGGCGUCACCAAAGGCAUCGGCCAUGUCACCUGCCUGCUGCCCCCUUCUCAGAAUCACAACCAGAACCACGACCAGAACCUGCAGGAUUAUUAAAAAUUGCUCCUUCAUCAAACAGACAGAUGUUGAGGCAGUGAGAAUGAUGACUGCUUGGGGAACAUAGGUCUCUGAUCAAAUUUAGCCAUGCACAUCAUGUUGGAGUCCCACCUGUUUUGGAUCUAUGUUUCUGUCCUCAUCCGUUCCUGCGGUGAUGUCAGAAAGGCUGUUUUCCAGCAAACAUUCAUAUCUUGAGUUAAAGCUGGAUGACCAUUAAUUGGACUUAAGCCUGAAGAUUAAUUUGAAGUUUUGCCACAGAUUGAUUAAAAGGUUCCUUUUUAUCAUUGCCACUGUCAUUGGAAGAUAGCAGGAGUAUUUUAAAAGCAUGAAUAGUGCUUACUCAUUGCUGAUGUGGAGUGAAGGUGUAAUUCUGUUUCUCUUGAUGUGCACGAUGGAUUGACCUCGCUCUUCGUACUGUCUCAGAGACAUGUUUGCACGCUUAAACUCAUCAAGAAAUUUGGUGAGGGAAGAUUAUAUUUAGCACAUACUUUAUUUUCAUUAGUCUUAGGUGGAUUCCUUUCUAAGGAGUCUGCUUAUGAUGCCAAACAUUUUAGACCCUUGCCGUGGUUUUUUCGCGGUCUAGCCAUUGACUGGGGUAUUUUUCACAAAGCAUUGGAUGAGUCAGGCGCCAUUAUCUGACAACAUUGGUGGGCAAACUAUUAAUUUGUGAUUUCAAAUUAUCACCAGAAGUGUGUAACUUCAUCAGCAACAUCCUCCCGAAAUGCACCAACAACAUUGAGAGUAACAUCCUCCUCUCUGACCCUUAAUGCUCACUGGUCGCUAUGAUAAUGCGUAAAUAUUUCCAAAUAAGACACACAACUACAACAAGGGAAAAGACCCAGUUAACUGAGUUAAUGAUAGAAAACCCUGAAAACCAUCAAUUUCACACCCGAGCCUCAACUCUCGCGGUACGAAAUGUUUUCCAACAAACAUUUGUGUCUUAACUUAAGCUGGAUGACCAUAGUGGACUUAAGCCUGAAGAUUCAUUUGAAGUUUUGCCACAGAUUGGGGUUGCGGACUGCUGGACUAAUUAUUGCAAUGACUGAUCUAUAUGUACUGAAUGGUUGACUAAGGCUACAUUUACACUGCAGGUCUUAAUGCUAAAUUCCGAUUUUUUGAUCAAAUUCGACUC